UACCAAGGAAUUCUCCAAACUAUACUGAAGCUACAACUCGCCUAAAUUAUACUUCGGAUGUGGACUAUAUAGACACUGGCUCUUCGUCUACUGUGCCACUAGAAUUCAGAGAUGAUAAGCAACAGCAGAUGUGGCAUGUCAGAAGUUUUCCUGAAGGGAAACGAAAUUGCUACAGACUAAAUCUUACCAAGGGUGGGAAAUAUUUAAUCAGGGCGAGUUUCUUGUAUGGAAAUUAUGAUGGACUGAACAAAUUACCUCAAUUUGAUCUCUACCUGGGGCCUAAUUUGUGGGAAACAGUGAAAAUACUAAAUGCCUCAACUGCUACAUUCCCAGAGAUAAUUCAUGUUGUUGCUUUAGAUUAUUUACAUGUCUGUCUGGUGAAUACUGGUUCCGGGACACCGUUUAUUUCAGCACUAGAGUUGAGGCCUUUGAGAAGUACUGCUUAUAAAACUCAGACUGGAUCACUUGAACACUUUUUGCGGCUGGAUAUGGGUUCAACAUCGAGUCGAACAUUCAGGUAUAAAGAAGAUGUUUAUGAUCGUGUCUGGACACCGUAUAAUUUCAAUAAGGGGUCAAACUUGAGCACUACUCUUACUGUUGAUGCUAAUGUCAGCAAUAGUUACCAUCCAGCACAAAUUGUCAUGAGAACUGCUGUCAAACCGACCAAUGAAAGCGUGCCCUUGAAUUUCUACCUGGAAACAGAUGAUCCUAAUUCCCAGUUUUAUGUUUACAUGCACUUUGCUGAAAUUGAGGAGCUCAAAGCAAACGAAUCCAGACAGUUAAACAUUUCUCUGAAUGGAAAACAUUGGUAUGGACCUUUUAGUCCAGAUUACUUGAAAACGACCACCGUGUUCUCUCCAGCAGCCUUGAAUGGAAUAUAUAACUUUUCAAUUGUCAAGACUAGAAAUUCAACUCGUCCACCUAUCAUUAACGCCAUUGAGAUUUAUACAGUGAAGGAACUCCUGCAGUUGCAAACCGACCAACAAGAUGUUGAUGCAAUUACAAAUAUCAAGUUGGUCUAUGACUUGAAGAAAGACUGGCAAGGGGAUCCUUGUGCUCCUCAGGCUUUAUUGUGGGAAGGCCUUAAUUGCAGCUAUGGCACAGAUGAUCCACCAAGAAUCACAUCCUUAAACUUAUCCUCUAGUGGAUUGACUGAGAACAUAACCUCUUACCUCUCAAAUCUCACCAUGAUUACAUCUUUGGACUUGUCGGACAAUAAUCUGAGCGGAUCAGUCCCUGAAUUUCUAUCUAAAUUGACCUCCUUGACAUUCCUAAACUUAGAAAGGAACAAUCUUUCCGGCUCAAUUCCUGCCCAACUGAUUGAGAAAAGGGACAAUAAUUUACUAACGUUAAGACUUGAUGGAAAUCCAGAACUUUGUCUCAGAGUUUCAUGUGAAAAGGUGAAGAAUGAGAAGAACAAAAUAGUUAUUCCAGUAGCAACAUCUGCGGCUGUAUUUUUCAUCCUCUUAGCUGCAUUAAUUAGCUGGUGGAGCUUUAAAAGAAGAAAACACAAAGGUAGGAGUGUGGACACAAGAUCCAUCACCUCAUUUGAGUCAUUGGAGGGAAAUAAUCGACAAUUCUCUUACUCCGAUGUCCUGAAAAUGACUAACAACUUCGAAAGGGUUCUUGGUAAAGGAGGAUUCGGAACAGUAUACCAUGGCUACAUAGAUAACAAUAUUGAAGUAGCAGUAAAGAUGCUCUGCCCAUCAUCCGCUCAAGGGUAUCAACAGUUUCAAGCAGAGGUCAAGCUUCUUCUGAGAGUUCACCAUAGAAACUUAACAACACUGGUGGGGUACUGUGAUGAGGGCACCAACAUGGCACUCAUCUAUGAGUUCAUGGCUAAAGGGAACUUAGAAGAGCAUCUGUCAGAUAGUAGCAAAGACAUCUUGAAUUGGGAAAGGAGACUUCGAAUAGCGGUGGAAACAGCUCAAGGACUGGAAUAUCUCCACAGUGGUUGUAAGCCACCCAUAGUCCAUAGAGAUGUGAAGUCCACAAACAUCUUGUUGAAUGAAAAAUUCCAAGCCAAGUUAGCAGAUUUUGGCCUUUCCAGAAUUUUUCCUGUUGAAGGUGGAACUCAUGUUUCAACUGCUAUUGCUGGCACCCCUGGAUACCUAGAUCCUGAUACUAAUCUAUCGGACAGGUUGACUGAAAAAAGUGAUAUUUAUAGUUUUGGAGUGGUUCUGUUGGAGAUAAUCACAAGUAAACCUGUGAUUGAAAAAGCCCUCGAGAGAACUCAUAUAAGUCUAUGGGUUGGUUCUAUGCUUGCCAAGGCUGAUAUUCGAAAUAUUGUUGAUACAAGAUUACAGGGAGACUUAGACAUAAACUCUGGCUGGAAAGCUGUAGAAAUAGCUAUGGCUUGUGUUUCUCCAACUUCCACCAAACGGCCAACCAUGAAUCAAGUAGUGACAGAACUCAAUGAGUGUUUAGCAAUUGAGAUAGCCCAUAAGAAGGUGGGCAAUGACACUGAAUCAAAAGACUCUAUUGAAUUGACCAAUUCAGAUUUUCAUACCGAAUUGUCUCCUCUAGCAAGGUAGCUUUUUUCUCAGAAUCUCAAUGUGUCCUGCUUAGUAUACAAGUCGGUCUGUCACUUUUAGAAGUUCACUUCAGCUAUUUUUGUAUUUUCAAGGGAUGAAUGAAAAGCAACACAGCAUGCUUCUAUG